ACAUACAUUCAUUUUGUGCAAGCUGUGGCGGUGCGAAAUAUAUUUAUUUCCAUAUUCCUUGCGCUCAUUUACGCAGCUCAGCAACAAACUGCAAAUAUCUUGCAGAACAUUUUUUCCGAAUUUUCGUUGUUUACGUUCAUAUGAAAGCAGUUGUUUUUAAAACAUUUAAACUUGCACAACUGUUCCGUUUCCACAUAUUCCAAAGGUAGAUCGGAGUUGCAACGCUAAUGGCGAACACAAGCGGACCGCUUGCAAUUGUCUAUAACUAGGAAACGAAGUAGCCGCUGCGAUAUACAAAUCCAUCCAGGUUUGCCCAGUUAAUCUGAUUUCUGAAAUGCCAGGAAACAAAGCAAAGUUAUCGGUUCCAUCUGCAAAUAAUACGCGAUCGCUAUCGCAUUUCCUCGAGCGCGCACCUCAAGCCCAGUAGCUCGAAAAGCAAUAACGAAGGGAAGGAGCGAAACUUCAUUAGCCACCCAAGAAGGCGACAAGAAGUUGUCUGUUCCUACGAGCCAUCAGAAACGAUUGUCUCUAAGUCCGCUCACGCCAAAGGUUAGGUCACAAAUUCAGACCAAGUCAGUAAAGUCGCUAGCAACUAGUUCUCAGGCAAAAAUGAGCAAUGACAUUGCAUUUGAAGCCCAUUUGAGCCAUUUCAGAGCGACCAUAGAAACUCCAGGAGAGUCAGCUCCGUCCGUACAUACCUGCAAAAUCCGUAAGGAACAAGUCCGCACACUCUGGGACAAAGCCGAGAAAGAAUUUAAAGCGUAUCUAGACACGAUUUCCAGCAUUACGACUGAAGGAGCGGAGGAGACUCUGGCGACUCUGCACCGAAAAUAUGAAUAUUGUUAUUCGGUGUAGGAGGAGCUAUCGGUUCAUCUGAGCGAGCUCAGCAUUCGACAACGACCAACACUAAUCAGUCCACUUACAUUCCGUCUGGGUGCCGGUUACCGCCAUGAGAUACUGAAGUAUUCGAAGGAGAUUAUCUAAAAUUGCCAACAUUUAGAGAUCUUUUCACAGCAAUUUAUGUCAACAACACUCGGCUGACACCGGUAGAAAAACUUUUCCAUCUCAACGCUAAAACUAGCGGCGAGGCUAAGGCAAUCGUAGCCAAGUCCCCUGUCACAAAUGAGAGUUUCGAUUCAGCAUUGGCAGCGGUUCGAGACCCUUUCGAAAAUAAAAGACUGCUAGUAAACAGCCAACUCAAACUCCUUUUUAAAUUGGGGUCCGUCAAUUCCGAAUCAGGCCAGGCUCUGAAAGAUCUUCGGAGCACAAUCCGAGGGUGUUUUAUCGCUCUGGCUUAUUCCCACAUUUCCACAGAGAACUGGGACUGUCUCCUGAUAUUCCUGUGCGCCAGUAGAUUACCAAAACUGACCCCCUCCUUUUCGGAGUAGUCCCUUUCAUCCAAGUCCGAUUUUCCGACUUGGGAUGAGAUGAACACGUUUCUUGGUGACCGAUACCGAACGCCAGAGGCGAUUGAGGAUAUAAAACCAAGCCACAGCAAUUAUUCUACCACUAAGAGUCAACCCGUCUGAACUCCUUCGAAGCUAAAGUGGUCACAAAACCAAAGGAAUUACGAUCUGUGCUCAAAAGAGAGCCAUCUAGUACGCUUACGCCAACGUUUUCUCCAGAUGUCUGUCGAUGCGCGAACCAACUACAUCAAAAAAGCAUCUUUUUAUCCCCGUUUAUUGUCCGCUCAAAAAUCUUUAUGGAAAAGAUUUGGUUGCAGGAGUUGGGCUAAAAAGAUCCCCACAGAAAAGAAGCAAAAAUGGCAAGAUUUUUUGCGCAGCUAUUCCGAGCUUGAGCAGAUCCGUAUUUCAAGUGCCGAAAUUUUGGGCGACAGACGUUCACGAGGGACUCUGUUCUACCGCUGCCGAGUCUGUCGUCGCUCAGCACGAAGAAGCAGCUCCGUGUCGUUCUCAUCAAUAAAUAUUGUACGAACUGCCUGGCUCAUCAGCACUCCAGGAGGCAGUGUCGCAGUAGCGACACGUGCAAAAGGUGCGGGCAGGACCAUCACACGCUGCUCCACCUGCACGAGAUGGCCGGGAUUUCUCGUCGGCAGCCUAUCCAGCGACAUCGUCAGACGCCUUGGCCGCCACGGCGUCAGCAGCCUUCCCCGCAACGCCGCCUAUCGCUGUCAAGGGCAGUCUGCCGGCCUCCUUCGCCAUAGGCAAGGCAAGCGCGUACACCAGUACGACGUCCAGCUUCAGCGGCAACCCCAUCAGUAGCGGCUCUACUGCAGCAUAAGAGCCUCCACAUUCUCCCGACGGCCAUCGUGUUUCUGAAGUCGGGGACCAUCAACUUCGAGACGGCCGCGUUGAUCGACCCGUGCACUUCCGUCAUCACCAUCUACAGCUCCCUGGCAACUGGGUUCAAGUUACACACGAAGACAGUGAACGGCGAAGAAGUCUGUUCGACGACAAUCCGGUCAAGAACGGACGAUUUCAAGAUCGACGUGCUCCAGAAGAUCAGCCCAAGUCUACGCAUCCGGACCCGAUCCGCGCGCUUAGUGAUACUAUGCGAGCCCAAUUCGAUGACAUCCGUCUUGCCGAUGAGCAGUUCCAUCGCCCAGCAACAGUCUCGCUGGUGUUAGGCUCGGACGUAUACGGGUUCCUAAUGGUCUGCCUGUCGCACAGGGCACGGUAUUUGGAUGGGUCGUGUCUGGAGCAUGCAUGUUUCUCCACUACGCUCUCCGAGCGGCGCUUAAAAUUUUCACUUCGUAGCUUUAAGUUAGUUUUAAUUUGCCAGUGUAACCGCAAAGUCGAAGACAACAAUAAAUAAACCGUGAAGCUUAUAAAUCGGCCCACGUGUUAAUUAUUUACCGACGACAAAGAGAACAAGUACCA